AUGGAUCCAUUUUAUAGGUGUUCAUCUGUUACUACUUCCUCGGACUCCUCUUCUUCGGAAUCUUCUUUGUCGGGCAGUAAGACUCCGAGAAAUUUCCACAAAUCGGAGAGAAUAAAAGGGCCGUGGAGUGCGGAGGAAGAUAAGAUCCUGACUCGGAUGGUGGAGCGAUACGGAGCCCGAAACUGGUCAUUGAUCAGCAAGUACAUAAAGGGUCGGUCGGGAAAAUCUUGUAGGCUGAGGUGGUGCAACCAGCUCAGUCCAACGGUGGAGCACCGCCCGUUUUCCACGGCGGAGGAUGAGACUAUCUUGGAGGCGCAUGCGAAGUACGGAAACAGAUGGGCCACCAUUGCGCGGUUGCUCCCCGGCCGGACUGAUAAUGCGGUGAAGAAUCAUUGGAACUCGACAUUGAAACGAAAAUUCCUGCAAAAACAAGUGCUAGAGAAAUCAAUUGAUGGUACAAAAAAUGUAGCUUCUGGGUCUGGAGUGUGUCCUGUGAGUAAUGAUUUUGAUGAAGAUUAUGAUCCGAUGACGACAUUGUCCUUGGCGCCGCCGGGGUUGGACGGAGAUGUGGUGGCGGAGAGGCGGAAUGAUACUUUUCCGACGGGAUUUUGGGAUGCGAUGAGGAACGUGAUAGCCUGUGAGGUGAGGGAGUGUGUUACGAUGUCGUUUCCUGAAUGUUCUUCGGGUUUUCAUUAG